ACUAACGGGGCCAAUGCGCCACGCCAUGGACCUGGGGUAUCUGAAGGAAGUGGGGCUGAAGGUGGUUGGCAGCGAUGCCCCACCUUGCGGCCCAACAAAGCCAGCCCCAGCAGCACCAGCGGCGCCGAGCAGGCCUGUGGUGACCCGCUUUGCACCGUCGCCCACGGGAUAUUUGCACAUUGGUGGAGCACGCACGGCGCUCUUCAACUACCUGUUUGCGAAACAUCAUGGGGGCAAAUUUCUCAUGCGCAUUGAAGACACCGACACGGAACGGCACAAUGAGGCCGCGGUGGACGCCAUUCUGCAAGGGAUGGCAUGGAUGGGUACCCCACACGAUGGCGCCAUCGUUCGCCAGCGGGAAAAUAUAGGAAGACAUAAGGAGGUGGCCGCACAGCUCUUGGCGAAUGGUGGGGCCUACAAGUGCUACUGUUCCAAGGAAGAGUUGGAUGCUAUGAGAGAAGAGGCGGAAAAGAAGGGCGUGGCCUUCCGCUACCCUGGGACAUGGCGCAAUGUGCCACCAGAUGCACCGCCACCAGCGGGGCGCCAGCCGGUGGUGCGCAUCAAAACGCCGGAGGAAGGCUGUACCACUUGGAAGGACGGCGUGAUGGGCCAGAUCGAGAUUCCCAAUAAAGAUGUGGACGACUUCAUCAUCUUGAGAGCAGAUGGUACACCCACGUACCUCUUAGCUGUUGUGGUGGACGACCAUGACAUGGGUGUUACUCAGGUGAUCCGUGGCUCCGAUCAUAUUGGAAAUACGGCCCGGCAGAUUGCCGUCUUCAAAAACAUGGGUUGGAUGCUGCCGGAUUUCGCGCACCUGCCAUUGAUUCAUGGCCACGAUGGGAAGAAACUCUCGAAGCGGCAUGGGGCAACUGGCCUAGAAGAGUUCGAAGCUAAAGGAUACCUGCCGGAAGCGAUCCGGAACUACUUGGCUCGGCUCUCCUGGUCUCAUGGUGAUGAUGAGAUCUUUAGCACCGAACAGGCAGUGGAAUGGUUCACGCUGUCGGCGUGCUCGAAAGGAGCUCCAUGUUUCGAUUUUGAGAAGUUGAAUGUUUUGAAUCAGCACUACAUCAAAGAGGCCGACGCUGGACGCCUGUACGAGAUCGUGGUAAAGCUUUUUCCAGAGGUCAAAGCCUUCGCAGCAAAGUUCCGGGAUGAGCGCAUCGCGAACAUCCUGAAGGUCCGGGCAAAGACCCUCAUCGAAUACAAGCAGGCCGGGGAUUUCUUUAUGGCCAAACGGCCGUUGGAAGUGUCCAAAGCUGCUGCAAAAGAUUUGGGCGCAGCGGCCGCCCCACAUCUACUCAGCGUGGUGGAAGAUCUUCAGAAGUACCAGGGAGAAUGGACUCCUGAAACCCUGGAGACCUACAUCAAAGGCCUGGUCGCAGCUCGCGAGAUGAAGCUGGGCGCCUUUGCGAAACCCGUGCGGGCAGCGCUCACGGGGUCCACGGCCUCGCCCAGCCUCUUCGAGGUGAUUUGGGCCAUCGGAAAGGAGGAGGUGCUGGGCAGAUUGAGGGAUGCUGCGGAGGGCAAGUACCAGGUUGCUGAAGCUUGAGCGUGGCCACAUCCAGCAGCUGGCUGUACUCUUUGGAAGUGGAGAGUCCCUAAG